CAACAUUUUUAUUCAACUUCAAAUACUGGUGUGUAAGGUGAACGUUCAAUAAGAAAUUGACAAUAAAAUAGUGAAGAGAUGAUUAAUACAUUGGUCUUUGUUUUGUGUUUGGUGACCAGUGGUGCUAGUCCUGUAGUUUAUGGUAUUGAAAAUAUAUUCAAAGAAGAUUUGGAGCUAGAACAACAACUAAAGAUCAUUAACAAACCUUCAAUCAAAACUAUUCAUACAAAGCAUGGAGACAUUGUUGAUUGUAUUGAUAUUAAUAAACAACCAGCCUUUGACCAUCAUUUACUUAAAAAUCAUAAGCUCCAGAAAAAACCUAACUUUCAAAGACGAAUCAAAGAAACAAGUGUGAAAAAAUUAUCUGAUAGAUCUAUAUUUGGACUUGAUAAGCAACAACGUUGUCCUAAAGGGACGGUUCCUAUUCUCAGAACAACAAAAAAGGAUUUCAUUCGGGAAAAAAAUUUAUUAAAUAGUAGUAUUUUCGUCCAAAAUAUUCCUGGUGUUCAUCUUGCAGAGGUAGCUGUCUCACCAAAAUUUGGUCCAUACUUCAGCGUUGGAGGAGAUAAUAGUGUUUAUAAUCCAUACGUCACUAAGGGUCAAAUGUCCCUUUCUCAUAUUUGGGUUCAAAAUGGACCAAUAAAUUCCGCUAACAAAAUUAGUUUUGGAUGGCAUGUGUCUCCAGAAUUGUAUGGUGACCAUGAUACCCAUAUGUACACAUCAUGGACGUCAGAUAAUUAUCAUAGGACAGGAUGCUUCAACAUACGAUGUCCAGGUUUUGUUCAAACUCAUAGAGGAUCAUAUAUUGGUUCACGUGAAACAAAUAUAUCAUUCUAUGGUGGACCAAUUUUUGGUUUUUAUAGUUCUAUUACUCAGGAUCCAUUGACCAAAAACUGGUGGAUAGGUAGUUUGGAUUAUAAUAUUGGAUAUUUUCCGGCAAAAUUAUUCUCCAAUUUGGGUUCAGCAAAUAAAGUAGGAUUGGGCGGAAGGACAUUAACUCUUUCUGGUUAUCGUAGUCCUCCGAUGGGAUCUGGACAUUUUCCUGAUAGAAAUUUUUUCCAUGCAAGUUUCUAUAAAUUGAUCUUUAUUCAGAAUGUUUCAAGAGAAAAUUAUAUACCUGAAAAAUAUCAAAUAGAAAAGUACAUUGACAAACCUAAAUGUUUUGGCCUUAGCUAUUACGGUAAUCUUCGUGGAAAUUAUGGAGGUGCUCUCCAAUUUGGAGGACCUGGUGGUAACUGUGGUAAUUGAUUAGUUAAUAUAUC